AUGGCACAGUCAUAGAGCUGACCAAGGGGGUUUAUAAAGGCCUGCUUGAUCUGACAGACAUGCUAGAAAAAGGGGGCGGGGUCUAACUUCGCAAGUCAACCUUGCUGACUCACCGAUUGUUGCUGGAUCAGGAUGAACAAACAUUCUGGCUAAAAGUAACGCUUUGUGACAGCAUAUAAAUAUAAGAGAGGUGAGAGUUUAGCUUAUACCAGAUCUUGAGAAGGAUUCAUGCAGGCAACUGCAUGAAGACUGAGCAUAUCCUCUUAUUCUGCACCCUGAGUUUCCUGCUCCAGACAGCAGUCAGUUGUCAGGACGACCAGCACCAGGACAGCGGGGCCUUCCAGCCUGUCAAGCCUAUCGGAACAGACUCGUUUGCUGUGAAUAACAGCUCCAAGGAUUCGAGAACUGCUGGUGUAACAGCGAUGUCACGUACGAUUGUCAGGGGUUUCGAGAGCGUGGAACAGGAUGAGGGGGUGGGGGCCAGGGUCAGGCGCAGUGUAGGCAGGCCUGAACUGAAGAGCCUGGACCCCUUCCUGAUGCUGGAUGAGUUCAAAGUCAGCAAACCUGCGGGAUUUCCUGACCAUCCACAUCGGGGCUUUGAAACCGCCACCUACAUGUUGAGUGGGACGACCAGACACGAGGACUUCAUGGGACAUCAGGGCAGGAUCGGGCCGGGUGACCUGCAGUGGAUGACAGCAGGAAGAGGGAUCGUCCAUUGUGAGAUGCCGGGGGAUGACACGGAGAGCCACGGUCUGCAGCUCUGGAUAAACCUGAAGAAAGCUGACAAGAUGAUCGAGCCGGCGUACCAGGAACUUCUGAGCAAGGACGUCCCCAAACCCAGCAAGGACGGCGUCACUGUGGCCGUGAUAGCAGGGGAGUCCCUGGGCGUGAAGUCCCAGGUGUACACAAGAACCCCUACCAUGUACCUGGACUUUAAGUUGGAGCCAGGAGCAAAAUACACACAAGCUGUGCCUGAAGGAUGGAAUGGCUUUGUGUAUGUGCUGUCAGGAUAUGUUCAUCUUGGUCCAGAGGACAAACAAACUUUGGGGAAACCACAUCACACCAUGGUCAUGAGUGAUGGAGAGGGACUCACCCUGGAGAACAAGGGCCCAGAAAAGGUUCACUGUGUGCUGAUUGCAGGAGAGCCCAUCAAUGAACCGGUAUACCAGUAUGGUCCUUUUGUGAUGAACUCCCAGGAGGAGAUCCGUCAGGCCAUUGAUGACUACCGUCACGGCAGGAACGGCUUUGAGAACGCUCCUUCAUGGAACUCUUUUGUUGCAUAUGAGGACUAAGUGGUUUCAACGAAAAGUGAUUUUUUUUUAAAGACCCACUCUAAUAUGUAUAUAUAGUCAAAUGGUGUUUAAUAUAACUGAUCAAUCUGCUAUUAUUAUACAGUCUUUUAACCUAUUUUGGAACAUUACUCAGAAGAUUCAAACUCUACUGCUGAAUAGAUUACAGAGAUAAUAGAAACAUUGUGUAUUGUAUAUAAAAUUGUACAUGUUUAUGUGAUCCAAUAGUCUAUCUAUAUGUUGGUGAAUGAUAUUUCACUUUUGGUUCUAAGGGUUGGUCUUUGUUGAUUAGUUUCUUAAUAGAAUGAUUAAAGAAUUAUGAAUGUA